AUGGCAAGGUCAUGGCUUAUAACUUGUAGGGGUGUUGCCAAGAAAGUUAGAAAUGCCCACUGCUCUAAUCGCCAGAUAAGUGAAGUCGGUGCAGAAGCAUGCAGGGAAUGCCCAAACUGCAAACAUAUCAUUGAUAACAGUGAUGUUUCUAUCCAGUGGCCCGGGCUGCCUGCUGGUGUGAAGUUUGAUCCGUCUGAUCAAGAAUUGCUCGAACAUUUAGAAGAAAAAAUUGGUGUGGGAGGUUCAAAGCCUCACAUGUUCAUCGAUGAGUUUAUUCCAACUGUGGAGAAUGAUGCAGGGAUCUGCUAUUCACAUCCUGAAAAUCUUCCUGGCACAAACAAAGAUGGAAGCAGUGCCCAUUUCUUCCAUAGUAUUUCAAAUGCAUAUGGGUGUGGCCAGCGCAAGCGUCGAAGGAUCAGCAACAGUGAUCGGACCACUUCUGAUGAGCAUGUGAGAUGGCACAAGACGGGUAAAUCAAAACCCGUAUAUGACAACGGUGUUAUGAAAGGGUGGAAAAAAAUAUUGGUUCUGUACAAAGGUUCACAAACAGGUGGCAAACCUGAUAAAACUGACUGGGUGAUGCAUCAGUAUCAUCUGGGAGUAGAGGAAAAUGAAAAGGUUGGGGAGUUUGUCGUUUCCAAAAUAUUUUAUCAAUUGAAGACAAGGCCGGUGGACAAGUCCGAAGCAGAAAUGGCUAAUGAAGAAUCUACUGCAUUUACUGCAAGUAUUUGUCCGAAAACUCCCAUGACAAAGAUCCCGCCAUGUCGCCCAAAGAAUAGUCCAUGUGAGACUGAGCAGAAUGAUCCCGGUCAGGAAGAAGAAACUGUUAGCCUGGCGGAGAAUGCUAAUAACCCUGCAUGGUGUGCUUUAUCAUCUCAGCCUGUUGAGGUGGCACUUGAGGCUGGGACUUGUAGCCUAGACAAGUCUCUGCGUCAUCAUGAAGUUUUGGAUUCCUCCAAUCUUGAAAACAGUACAUUUGACAGGCCAAUCCUUUCUCAACUCAUGAAUGAGACACUUAACAAGAACCUAUGUGCGCUUCAUGGAUUGCCUGAUCUCCAUAAUGUCAACCUUGGAACAGCACCUACAGAUCUUCAGAUUACUAAAGGAGAAAAUGUUAGCUUGGUGGCUGAUGCUGAGAACACUGCAUGUUGUUCUUUAGCGUCUCAGGAUGUUGAGGUGACUUCUCAGGCUGGGACUAGCUUGGUUGAAUCUCUCCUUCAUCAUGAGGUUUCAGAUCUCCAUAAUGCUAACCUUGGAACACCUAGAGACCUUCAGAUUGCUAAAGAAGAAAGUGUUAGCCUGGUGGAUGAAGCUGAGAAAUGGUGUGGUUUAGCGUCUCAGGCUGUUGAUGUGGCAUUUCAUGCCGGGACUAGCUUGGACGAAUCCCUGCGCUGUCAUGAGGUUUUGGAUUCCUUCGAUCAUGAAAAGAGUCUUACAUUUGACAGGCCAAUCUAUUCCCAAGGCAGGGAUGGGGGACUUGAAAAUAACCUUUAUUCACUUAAUGGAUUACCUGAUCUCCAAGGUGUCGACUUUGGGACACCGAUAGAUGAUCUUCAGGGUUGCAGUUCUAUUCACAGGAAAGCCUUGGCAGCUGGUUGGAGCGCAUGUAGAUCGUUAAAGAAGUGGACGAUCGAAGAUCAUCUCUUUUCCAUCUAG